AUGUCGACCGCCGCGGAGCAGCCGGGCGGGAUGCCGAAGCACUCGGAACAGAUCGCACGCAGCGAUCUGAAGGCUAACGAUGCGGCGCACGCGGCGGCCGAGGUCGAGGCGCGGAUCGCGCAGCGCGUGCAGGACGAGCUCGCGUCUGACCCGGACUUCAUGAAGCGGUCCGUCUCGGAGCUCUCGAACGAGGCAGUCGCGUUAUAUAAGCAGGGCGACUUUGUUGGGUGCCUCGCGGGAUACAGCAAGCUCGACCGCAAGCUGGCCGCCCUCAACCUCACUCAUCCCACGCUGUUCGUGGCCGAGAGCAACCGCGCCGCCGCGUUCCUCGCGCUAGGCCUCCCGGGCCGCGGACUGCCACACGCCCACCGCAGCCUGUGCCUCGCCCGCGACUCGCUGGCCCGAGGCGGCGGGAUCGGCGGCGCAGCGACGCUCCAGGCGGCUCAGCGCACGGUGGUGAAGGCAACGGUGCGCAAGGCGAGCGCACUGAUGGCCUGCGGGCGAAAUGAAGAGGCGGCAAGCGCGCUUCAGGAGGGCCUGGCGUUCGAUCCAGCAAGCACCGAGCUACGGGCGACGCUCGACGUCGCCGCGCAGGCCGCGCUGCUGGACGCGCUCGAGGGGCGCGCGCGCACCACGCGCCGGCUCGCGGCGCCGGAACGCCACCUGGCGAUCACGGCGUCCCCGCACGCAGACGCAGGGAGCCUGGCGCGCUACGCCCCGCGCGACGCGCUGCCCGCGCAGCUGCUCACGCCCUUCCAGGCGCAGAACAGCGAGCGCGUAAAAGACACAUUCAACUACCUGACGAUCAAAGCGGACCUCGCGGUGCCGGCGCGGCGCGCCGUGGAGGCCGCCGACGCGUACUGGACGUCCCGGUGGCUGCGGGCGGUGCGUGCGGCGGUGCGCGAGGUCGAGGAUGCGAGAGAUUUGGACUGUCGCGUGCUGGCGCUGGAUGCAGGGCCCGGCGCGCUGUUCGCGAUGGCGGCGCUGCGGGCCGGCGCGAAGCACGCGACCUGCGUGGAGCGCUGGCUGUACAACGCGUCUGCGGCGCAGGAAGCGCUGCGUGCGAACGGGUUUGGCGACGAGGAGUACGACGUGGUGCACAAGGUGCCGACGGACGUGCAGCUCGGGAGGGACGUGGGCGCGUGCAACUUGCUGGUGUGCGGGAUGCCUGACAGCGGGCUGCUCACGUCCGGCGCCGUGCCCGCGCUGCGGCACGCGAUCGAGAGCCGCAUCAUGGUUGAGGGCGCUGUGGUGCUGCCGGCCUCGGCGACCGUCCUCGCGGUGCCCGUGCAGGUCCGCAGCCCGUCGAUCAUGGGCGUCGACACGUCCCCGCUCGACCGCCACCGCGGCUGCCCCCUCGGGCUGCCCGUCUCCGGCGCGCCCGUGUGUCCGUCGGCGUACAUCGCGCUCGCGGAGCCGCGAGAGAUCUUCCACAUCGACUUCGCGGCGCCGCCGACCGAGACGGAGGUCUGCGACGUGGAUUUCACGUUCACGAAAGCCGGGGCGCCGAACGCGAUGCUGGUCUGGUAUGAUCUGCGGCUCUAUGCGGACGUGUGGCUGAGCACGGGGCCCGAGGCGGUCGCUGCGGGUCUGACCAGCAGGGGCCCUGUACUGCACUACCUCCCAGGCGACCUCACCGCGGGAUCCAUCGCAGGCGUCGCCCCCGGCGACACGCUGACCUUCCAGUGCGCGCACAACACCACCGCGAUGACCUUCGGAGUCCCCCACGGGGAGUAUCUGCGCCUGUUCAAGUCCCCCCCCGACGCAGCCUUCCCACUCAGCCUCUUCUCGGCAGUCGCCGACGUGCCGCGCCUCUCGGCCUUUUGCCGCGCCAUCCAGCGCGCUAUGAACGACGUCGCCACCGCAGCGCCGAGCGGCUCGAGGGCGGCCGAGACGCACGUGCUCGACGCCGGCUGCGGGAGCGGACUCCUGUCGACGUUCGCAGCCCGGUGUGGCGCGACCUCCGUCCUGGCCACGGACGUUUGCAAGUCCCUCGCGGGCCUCGCGCGGUCCGUCGCGGCCGUCAACGGCGUAUCGGACCGCGUCACCGUCCUGCACCGCGACGCCGCGCUCCUCGAACGCGGCGGCGACGCGCGCAACAGGGGGUACAAUUUGCUGAUACUGGAUGUGUUCGAUCCGGGCCUGGUGGGCAGCGGGGCCGCGUGGCUGGCGGCAGCGCUGCGCUCCAAGGUCCUCGCGCCGGGCGCCAGGGUCGUUCCGGCGCGCGGCACGCUGUGGUGCAUGGGGGUGGAGGUGUUGGCAAGUGCCGUUGACGGGUUUGAUGUCUCCGCGCUGGAUCGGUACCGAUUCUCGCCGACGACCGUCGCGGUGCGCGCGGACCGGCUGCGGCACCGCAGGCUGACGCGGCCGCAGCGGGUGGUGGAGGUGGACUUCCAAGGGGGGGUGUCUGGGGUCGGGCACGACAGCGUGAUCAAGCUCGAGGUGAUACGCCCCGGGGUGCUGAAUGCGGUGCUGGUGUGGCACGACCUGCAGCUGGAUGACGACGAGGCGGUCACCACCGCGCCGCGGGGCGUCGGGCUGGGGGGCAAACUCGACGAAGACACCCACGCUGACUCAGGGGGGGGGUGUGGCGGCCAGCCGGGGUUCCUGCGCGCGCAGAGCGGGACGUUCGAGGGUCCCCGCGACGGAUACUUCUUCGGAUGCGGCGACGAGGGCAUCGGAUACUACCUCGAGGCGUCGCGACGCGACACGCAGGUCGCGCUGCGCACGCCACCCGACGCGGAGCGAGCAGGCGGCUACGCUGCCUCGGAUGCCGCCGACGAGCAUCCGCACGGCACGUGCGCCGGACAGGGCCUGCAGCACCUCGACGCAGCGGUACGGGUGAGCCCCGGUCAGCGCGUGACCGUCCUGGUGCGCCGCGACGGAGGCAGCAUCGCGCCCGUGCGGUUCGCGCUGCGCGAGGGCGUCGGCGCGCUCGUGCCGCGGCCGCCGUGGCUCGAGGAGUGGGGCGGCGGAACGUCCGUGGAGAACCCGCACGUGCAGCGCCCGAAGUACUGCGAUCUUCUGCUAUCUGAUUUCCUGAUGCGCUGCCGCGGCGGCGCGAAGGCGGCGAUCCGCGACGACCUCGCGGUGCCCGCCGCGCAGUGCGGCGCGCUCUUCCUGGACGCGGCGUCGCUCCGGCAGACCGCGCACGAGCUUGCGUUGCUCGAGGACCUGAAUCGGGAGGCGGGGGGGGAGUUUGAGCCCGGGGCGACGCUGGCGGCGACCACGGAGGCCGUGCUCGAGCUGCACUAG